CCCGGGCGAGCAUGGGGGGCAAGCAGAGCACGGCGGCCCGCUCACGGGGCCCCUUCCCGGGGGUCUCCACUGAUGACAGCGCCGUGCCCCCGCCGGGAGGGGCGCCCCACUUUGGGCACUACCGGGCCGGCGGCGGGGCCAUGGGGCUGCGCAGCCGCUCGGUCAGCUCGGUGGCGGGCAUGGGCAUGGACCCCAGCACGGCCGGGGGGGUGUCCUUUGGCCUCUACACCCCCGCCUCCCGGGGGACCGGCGACUCCGAGAGGGCGCCCGGCGGCGGAGGGUCCGCGUCCGACUCCACCUAUGCCCAUGGCAAUGGUUACCAGGAGACGGGCGGCGGUCACCAUAGAGACGGGAUGCUGUACCUGGGCUCCCGAGCCUCGCUGGCGGAUGCUCUACCUCUGCACAUCGCACCCAGGUGGUUCAGCUCGCACAGUGGUUUCAAGUGCCCCAUUUGCUCCAAGUCUGUGGCUUCUGAUGAGAUGGAAAUGCACUUUAUAAUGUGUCUGAGCAAACCUCGCCUCUCCUACAACGAUGAUGUGCUGACUAAAGAUGCGGGUGAGUGUGUGAUCUGCCUGGAGGAGCUGCUUCAGGGGGACACGAUAGCCAGGCUGCCCUGCCUGUGCAUUUAUCACAAAAGUUGCAUAGACUCGUGGUUUGAAGUGAACAGAUCUUGUCCAGAACACCCUGCGGACUGACCCUGCUGGGCUCACUUGCUGACUCCUCUCAAAGAUUGCUGUCUGCUGCCCAGCUAGAACCCACUCAGUGACAGAAACGAACAGAGCCAGGUUCUCGCCGUGCGCGUUCUGAUGGCGCUGGACCGUCCUGUGCCCGGCACCCCCGUCGGCCCUCUCCAUCACCAACCGCUCUGCCUUGGGUUUUUGUUUUUUUUUUUUUCCAUUUUUCUGGCUUGGUUGUGCACUUUUCUCCCCUUGGGACCCUGAUAUCUUGACCUCGUUGCCAAAAAACAACCCAUCAAGGACCUUCUUCCCCUCCAUUCUCGUUUCUUCCCCCUCUUCCCUUCUGGUUCUGGUCAGUUCAGAGGAUUUAACAAUCACAAGUGUCCUGCAAAAAUGCCUGAACAUUUUUCUUAGACCCUUGUGGAUUUUUUUUCCCAGAAAACUUAAACAAAGACUUAUUAAAGGAAUAUGUACAGCAACCCCUGUUUUCAGGCACUCUGUUUGAGAACAUUUUAGCCAUUGAUGUUCACACAUGGCAUCAGCCCAUGCAAGAUAGGUUUCUGUAUUUAUAUACUAAAAUACAAAAAAAAAAACCUUAUAAAAUGUUUAAAAAAAUGUUCAAAGCUGGGGGGAAAAGCUUUCUUCAUUAGUCAAGGUGUUUUGAUAUGGUAUUAAAAUAAUGUCUAAUAAAAGAUGCACUGUGUGACUUU